UAGAUUACUAUGGCAACCGCGGUCAUUGUGCAGACGAAUUAAUCUGUUAUCAAAGUUAAUGGCGUUAAUGGACGCGAAGUGAAAAAAAUGGAUUGGCUUCUGAUUCUUUGCUCUUUAGUCCACAUAUUCCUAUGUCCAUUCACCAAAGUUGAAGAGAGUUUCAAUCUUCAAGCUAUACAUGACAUACUUUACCAUCGGACAGACAUUCAAGAGUAUGACCACUUGGAAUUCCCUGGUGUGGUCCCACGCACUUUCCUUGGCCCAAUAGCUGUAUCGUUUGUGUCUGCUCCAUUUGUGGCCUUGUUCCGUGCCUUGGAAAUUCCCAAAGAUGCUUCCUUGUAUUUAGUGAGAUGUGCUUUGGGGGCUAUCGUUCUAUGGCCACUCAUUAAAUUGAGAAAGAGGAUCCAAGAAAUGUUGGGCCAGGGAACAUCAAACUGGUUUGUUUUUAUUACCGUUUCCCAGUUCCACUUUCUUUUCUACCUCAGCCGGCCCCUUCCUAACACUAUGGCUCUCCCUCUUGUGCUGCUUGCUUAUUACUACUGGCUUGGCCAGCAGCACGGGAAGUUUAUCGCUUGUUCAGCGGCUGCUAUUCUCAUCUUUCGCGGCGAAUUGGCCAUCCUUCUUGGCUUGAUAUUGCUGGGUGAAUUAUUGACCCGGCGCCUGUCUUUAGUCAAAACUGUGAUUUUUGCCGUGCCUUCUGGACUCAUCUGGCUGAGUCUAACUGUUUUGGUUGACUCUUUCUUUUGGCAACGACUUUUGUGGCCUGAAGGAGAAGUUCUGUGGUUCAACGUCGUUUUGAACAAGAGUGGCGAUUGGGGUACUUCUCCGUUUCUUUGGUACUUCUACUCGGCCAUCCCGCGAGCUAUGGGCACGUCGCUGGUCCUGGUACCUGUGGGCAUGUUUUUGGAACGAAGAGUUUUGCCUUUGACGCUACCACCGCUGUUCUUUGUCCUAGCCUAUUCGUUCCUGCCUCACAAGGAGCUGCGAUUCAUCGUCUAUGCUCUACCGCUGCUCAACGUCGCAGCUGCGGCCGCCUGCAGCCGAUUGUGGGAGAACCGGACGAAGGGCAAAUGGCGAACGUUACUGGCACUAGUAGCUAUCGGUCAUUUGGUGGCCAACUUGGUGUUGACUAGUUUCCUUUUGAUGGUCUCGCGUGCUAAUUAUCCUGGCGGAGAAGCCCUUUCCCUACUUCACAAAAUGGAAAGCUACGAAUCCAACGUGACUGUUCACAUUGAUGUGCUGGCUGCCCAAACAGGCAUUUCUCGUUUCGGACAACUUCACGAUAACUGGAUGUACGACAAGACGGAGAAUCUCAAAGCCGGAAGUCCGGAAUUGAGGAUGUUUCAUUAUUUGAUUGCAGAAGCGAAAAGUAAACACGCCUACAAUUUACGACCCUACUCGGAAACGCAUGAUAUCGUAGCCCAUAUCGAAGGAUUCUCUCACAUCCGUUCUAGCUACAACCAUUUCCCGCCUAUUCGAAUCAAAACAAAACCUUGCCUCUUUAUUCUCAAAAACAAAUACCCACCAGAAGAACUAGACUUUUCAUUUACUCUGAGAAAACAUCCAGUGGAUACUUUUGAGGAACAAGCUACACCACCCGCAGCAGAUGUUGAAGUACCAGAUCUUGAAUCGACUAACAACUCUGAAACUGAAGGAUUGCUACCUGAUAACUCUACUGAAAUCCCUGUUUCGAUUCAGAAUGUGUAAGAUUGAAUCAUCUGAUAUUUGGUGUGUUUUUGUAUCUAUCUAGUCAGAUUACAGCUGCACAAACUCCUCA